AAAAUAAUUAAUUUAAAUAUCGUGGGUUUAUUUAUCGGUGCUCACUGGAUAUUUUAACAACUUAAUAAUUUAAUAAAUAAAAGAAAAAAAAAAAAAACCUGGAUAAAUUCAUUGGACAUGUAAAGUAUCUACGUUGACUGGGCAACACAUAAAACAAGUUGUCCUGUUUUUUGCUCAAUGCAAAUAAUCAACGUCACAAAUUUCGUCUUAUCACCACAUCAAUAUUGCACUAGGUGACAUGCCUAGCAGUCGUGAAUAUGAACGUUAUGAUCGUAAUGGAAGGUUUAAAAGUCGUAGUCGUGAUUCGAUAAAUAUAAAUGACAUACAAAAUCGCCAUUCAAUAUCAUAUGAAGAACAAAAUGAAUUAUCAAAUAGUAUACCAUCAAGUACAAAAAAACAUCGUAAACAUGGUAGAAGUAAACAAUCAAAUAAAAGAAAAAAAAGACAUUCACGUGAAGAUAGAUUAAUUGAUCAUACACCAGUUACAUCAUCAAAGUCUCUAGUUGAAUAUGAUUACAGUGAUGUAAGUAGUGAAGAUUUAUCUGGACCAGAAGCUGGUGAAAUACAUUCAGAAGAUUCACGUGGUCAUAGUUAUGUUGGUGCUGAUGUACAAGAACAUACUGUACAUUCACAUUAUAAUAAAAUAAGAUCAUCAAAAUCGAAACAUUCAUCAACAUCAGCUCUAGCAACAAGUCCAUUAAAUGAUAAAUUAACAGCAACAUCACCAAUAACAUUAUCACCAUCACCAGCAACAAUAUCACAUCGUAAUUAUUCACCAAUAAAUACACAACAAGAACAUGGACAAGAACAUCAUCGUACAACACCAGAUUAUAAUGAAGAACAACGUUCACGUCAUUCACGUAGAAAAGAAAAAAAACAUAAACGUGAAAAAAAGAAAAAACGUAGUUUAUCACCAACAUCAUUAACAUCAAUUAAAAAGAAAAAACGUAAAUCAAAACGUUUAUCACGUAGUCAAAGUCCACGUCGUAUAAUUAAUAAUGAUGAUGAUGAGGAUGAUGAUGGUAUUGUUGGAGGUGGUGGUGUCGGGGGUAAUGUUGGUGAUAAUGAUGAUAAUAUAAUUAUAAGCCCAGAACGUAAUAUUAAAUAUUCAACAAAAUGGCCAGAAAGUCCAUUAAUGCCAUUGAAAGAUUCAACAUCACCAAUAUCACCAGUAACACCACAAAGAUCACCAAGUGAUAUGGAUCUUGAAUCACCACAAAAUGAUGAUUUACAAGAUGCAACAACACCACCACAACAACAAUCAUUUAUACAAUCAACAUCAAGACACAUUGAAUCACCUCAUACACCAUUAUUACCACCUCAUGGUGGAACAACAACACCAGAUAAAACAAGUCCAGAUAAUAUAUCAUUUACAAAACGUUCACAAUCACCACCACAACAACAUCAUCACCGUCAUCAUCAACAUCAUCAACAGCAACAAGUACAGCAUUAUCAUGGACAUCAUCAUGCUGAUAGAAGAAGUACAACUCCAAAUGACAUGACAAUGACAACAACAUCAUCGUCGUCAUCAUCACGUAGACGUCAACAUUCACACAGUCCACAAAAUCGUAGAAGAGAUAUUAAUAAUACACCACCACCACUACCAUCAUCAUCAUCAUCAUCAUCAAGAAGAAGAAGAAGUGAGUAUAGUCCACACAAUCAUAGUCAACAAAAUUUAUCACACAGAAGACAUACACCACCAAGUCCAUCACGUAGACAUGACAAUAUGUCAUAUAAUAAUCGUGAUAUGUCUGGUGGUUCACCAUCAUCGUGUGCCAAAAAAAGACGUCGUGGGGGUGGCGGUCUUGGUAGUAGUAGUUUUGGUGGUGGAGGAGGAGGAGGAGGAGGAGGUCUUGGAAGUGGUAAUAAUAUGAAUAAUAUUAAUAAUAAUAAUAACAAUCAUAAUAAUAAUUAUAUGAAUGAUAAUAGACGUCAAUAUCAUCAUAGUAAUGAUAAUAAUAAAGAUCGUCGUAAUGAUAAACGUAAAUCACGUAGAUUAACUAAAAGUCCAGUUAAUAAUCGCUGUUUACCAGUACCAUCAUCACGUUCAAGAUCAAGAAGUCCAAAUAAUAGAUGGAAUAAAAAAUCAUCAAGAUCAAGAUCACAUUCGAAUUCACGUUCACAAUCAUAUACACGUAAUAAACGUUCACGUUCACCAAAAAGAAAUAAUAAUUCACCAAUUAAAGAGUAUCGUAGAUUUGGAAGAAAACCAAAAUCUAAAACACCACCAAUUAAUAGAACAUCACGUUUAUCAUCAUCAUCAUCACCACCAUUACAAUCAUCAUCAUCAUCAUCACAUCGUUCACGUGUACAUUCACCAAUACUAACUGAAAAUUAUAAUAGACGUCUUGUACAAGAUAAUAAUAUUAUUGCAACAAGUUUAUUUGCUGAAAUGGUUAAACAUAGAAAUAAUCUUCAAAUAUUUGAAAAAACAAUACAAGAAGCUAAAGUUAAAGUAAAUAAUAGUCAUGAUGAUGUACAAAUAAUUGAAAAUGAUGAUAAAGAUGUAUCAAUUAUAAAUGAUAAUACAACAACAGCAGCAGCAACAACAAUAAAUGGUACAAAAACAGUUGAUAAUGUUGAUUCAUCUAUAACUGAUGCAAUAAAUAGUGGUGAUAAUCGUGUUCUUAAUACACCACCAUUACCAGAUCAAACACCACCACCACCACCACCACCAACGACAACAAUAACAACAAUAACAACAAUAAAUCAAAUACCAAAAGUUAUAACUGGUGUAACAUCACCAGCUCCACCACCACCAUUGCCACCACCACCUCCACCACCUUCAUCAUCAAGUAAUGAUGAUAAUUUAAAUACAUCACAAACAAUUGGUAAUUAUUCAACACCUAAAACACCACCAUUACCAUCAACAAAUGAUAAUCAUUCAAUAACAACAACACCAUUGUCACAAAAAAUAACAACAAUUAGUCAGCUUAAUAAUCAACAACAUAUUAUUAAAAAUCAAACAAUAAAAUUUAAUCCAUCAAAUAAUUUGGUACCAAUUAAAUCAAUUGAUCCACCAAAAGCACCGAUAAUACAAUUUAAAACAAAAAAAUUUUCUGAACUUCCAUUACCACCACGUAUUAAUCAGCAUGAUUUAGAAAAUAUUGAUUCACCACCAAGUCGUUCACCAAGCCCACAUAAAUUACAACAAUCAAAAUUAUCAACAUCAGCUGUAUCAUUAACAACAACACCAACAAUAAAUACAUCAACACCAAAGUUAACAAGUGCUAAUAAAAAUAAAAUAAAAAUAACUGAUUUACCAUUACCAAAAAUUGAACCAGAUAUUGAUGAUUUAAGUGGUGGUGAUGAUGAAAAUGAUGAUAAUAAAUUAAAAAAUAAAUCAAAACGUAUAACACCAAAACCAAAAUUAAAAAGACCUAAAAUAUUAGAACGUAGAAGUUCACGUAAUUGUCAUGUACCAAUGUCAGCAUCUGGUGGUAAAGAUUGGGGUGAAAGAUGUGUUGAUGUAUUUGAAGUUAUUGCACAAAUUGGACAAGGUACAUAUGGACAAGUAUAUAAAGCACAAGAUAAACGUGAAAAUGUUUUAGUUGCAUUAAAAAAAGUUAGAUUAGAAAAUGAAAAAGAAGGUUUUCCAAUAACAGCUGUUAGAGAAUUAAAAAUAUUACGUCAGUUAGAACAUAAAAAUGUUGUAACAUUACGUGAAAUUGUAACUGAUAAACAAGAUGCUAAAGAUUUUAGAAAAGAUAAAGGUUCAUUUUAUCUUGUAUUUGAAUAUAUGGAUCAUGAUUUAAUGGGUUUAUUGGAAUCUGGUAUGGUUACUUUUACUGAAAGUCAUCAUAAGAGUAUUAUGAAACAGCUAUUAGAUGGUUUAAAUUACUGUCAUGCUAAAAAUUUUUUACAUCGUGAUAUCAAGUGCUCAAAUAUACUCAUCAAUAACAAGGGUGAAGUUAAACUUGCUGAUUUUGGAUUAGCAAGAUUUUACAAUGCUGAGGAUAGAUCAAGACCAUAUACCAAUAAAGUCAUAACACUCUGGUAUCGUCCACCAGAAUUAUUGCUUGGUGAAGAAAGAUAUGGACCAGCAAUUGAUGUUUGGAGCUGUGGUUGUAUUCUUGGUGAAUUAUUUUUGAAAAGGCCAGUAUUUCAAGCUAAUAUAGAAAUGGUACAAUUGGAAAUGAUAUCACGUAUAUGUGGUACACCAACACCAGCUGUUUGGCCAUCUGUGAUAAAACUUCCUCUUUGGCAUCAAUUUAAACCAAAAAAAACAUACAGACGUGUAGUGAGAGAACAAUUUGCAGGGAUGCCUGAAUCAGCUCUUGAUUUACUUGAUAAAAUGCUUGAAUUAGAUCCUGAUAAACGUAUAACAGCAUCUGAUGCAUUACAAAACUCUUGGCUCAUAGAUGUCAAACCUCUAUUAUUGCCAGAAGAUGCUCUUCCAAUUAAACAAGAUUGUCAUGAACUUUGGAGUAAACAAAAUCGUCGACGACUACAACGAGAACAACAAGAAUUAGCAACAGCUGGAAGGGACGUUGGAGGAUCAUCAAAAAGAUUGAAAAUGGAAGCUGGUUAUAAUUCAACAAAUUAUAAUAAUGAUAGUAUGUUUGGUGAAAGUAGUACAUUUGGAGUAUCAUCACCAGCAUAUUAUUAUAAUAGUCCAGUUAAAAAUCGUACAAAUCAACGAACAGAUAAUAAUACAAAUCAACGUGAUUUACAAUUAAAUACUGAGGAUAGUUUGGCUAGAAAAUUAUCAUCAUUAACUGGUGCACUUAGCCAUGGAAAACCAAUAAGAGUUGAUGAUUUAAUGUCACUACGUUUGGACAACGAGAGUGAUCCAAAAGCUGUACGUCUUUUGGAAGAUUUACAUUUGGAAUUACGUCUUGCUGCAAAUUCAAGAACAACUGGACAACUUGAGGCACAUUUACCAGUUUUAAAUCCACCUCAAAAAGACUUGGGCAUUGGAAAAAAAACAAGUUUUGAUGCACAUGCUGUUUAUGCUGGUGAUGAUGCUGUUAGCUCGGGUAGAUGGUCACAAGUUGCAACAACUGGUAUACGUACAGCAUUAUCAGCAUUAAUGUCACGUUAUAGUGUUGAUACAUAUAAUCCCCAAAAUAAUAUUGUCACACAAUCCCAAGAUUGAGUAAUGAAUUGACUGAUCAACCAAAAUUUUUGAGACAAGGUUAGAAUCACCUUUGUUUGUCAAUACAUAAGGAAUCUACUUGUACCUGUAAAAAAAAAUAAUAAUCAAAGAAAAAAAAUAAUAAUAAAUUUCUUCAAAUUAAAAUUAAUCACAUUCACCAAAUAGAAAAAAAUUCACAAAUUACUAUGGAUAUGGACACAGACUUUCUGAUUAUGUUAAUCCAGGCUUUCGAACAACUGACAUAUUUCCAGAAAUAAAAAUUAAAAAUCAUUUUAAAAAUAAUUUCUGCAGUGGUGUAUUAAUAAGUGAAUUUCAUGUAUUAACAACGUUAAAUUGUCUUGUUAAUAAUAAAGAUAAUUCAACAUUAAAUAUUGAUAAAAAUCCAAGCAAUUAUGUUGUUUCAAUAUUUUCAAAAUCAAAUGAUGAUGAAUUUUUAUUUCAUAAUGUUUCAUCAAUUUCAACAAGUGGCCAAGCAAAUGAAAAUGGUGUUGCAAUUUUAAAGCUUGAACAAAAUGGAAAUAAAGAUAUGGUUAAAAAUUUAUAUUCAAAUGAAAAAUCAAGAGGAAAAAUCCAUGACACUGUGACAUUUAUUCAUUAUGAAAAAUUGACUGAUAAUUUAUCAAAAAUUUCGAAUCCAUCUAAAUUGUUGAAAUCAAAUGUUUUAUUAAAAUAUGGAAGAGUUUGUAAUGCAAGUAUUUAUUAUUCAUCAUUUUGUGGGGAAUACACGAGUACCACAAUUUGCAAGAAUUUUCAUGGUGAACCUGUUUUUAAUGGAGCAAUGGAAAUCAUUGGUCUUGUUAAAAAUGAUAAUAAUUUUAAUUGU